CGCCAAAUUCGAAAGGCAUAUAAAGGGGGCGGAGAGACCAAGCGCGGUCUCAGUUCAUUGCUCUUAGCUCCCGCUUGCUUGCCUUGCCUUGCCUUCCAGUCUCGACCAUGCUGGCCGCCCGCAACCCGCUCUACGCUCGCAACGAGCCCAAGUCCCGCCUGUCGCCUAUGAAGAAUCUGGCCCUGAACGAUAAGGAGAACACGCCCCCUUCUCUCAGCUCCACCCGGGUCCUGGCCUCCAAGACGGCGAGGAAGAUCUUCCAGGAGCCCCCCAAUGAGGCUGUGGAUGCAUCUAAAGGAGUGAAGCAGCUUCCUUCAAGCAAUGUACAAGAUGAACCUCUUCUUCGGGAAAAUCCCCACCGCUUUGUUAUCUUUCCCAUUCAGUACCAUGAUAUCUGGAAAAUGUACAAGAAAGCAGAGGCUUCCUUUUGGACAGCUGAAGAGGUGGAUCUUUCCAAAGAUCUCCAGCACUGGGAAUCCUUAAAGCAGGAAGAGAAGUAUUUCAUUUCACACAUCUUGGCAUUCUUUGCUGCAAGCGAUGGCAUUGUCAAUGAAAAUUUGGUGGAGCGGUUCAGCCAAGAAGUUCAAGUCACAGAAGCUCGCUGUUUCUAUGGCUUCCAGAUUGCCAUGGAAAACAUCCAUUCAGAAAUGUAUAGUUUACUUAUUGAUACUUACAUCAAAGACCCCAAACAGAGGGAGUAUCUGUUUAAUGCCAUUGAAACCUUGCCAUGUGUUAAAAAGAAAGCUGAUUGGGCCAUGCGGUGGAUUGGGGACAAACAAGCUACCUAUGGUGAGCGAGUAGUAGCCUUUGCUGCAGUAGAAGGAAUCUUCUUUUCUGGUUCUUUUGCAUCUAUAUUUUGGCUGAAAAAACGAGGUCUAAUGCCUGGACUUACUUUUUCCAAUGAACUGAUCAGCAGGGAUGAGGGCUUGCACUGUGAUUUUGCUUGUUUAAUGUUCAAACACUUGAUACACAAACCAUCAGAGGAAAGAGUGCGAGAGAUAAUCGCAAAUGCUGUCAGGAUAGAGCAGGAAUUCUUGACUGAAGCAUUGCCUGUGAACCUAAUUGGCAUGAAUUGCACUUUAAUGAAGCAGUAUAUUGAAUUCGUGGCAGACAGACUGAUACUGGAACUAGGUUUUAACAAGAUAUUCAAAGCUGAGAAUCCAUUUGACUUCAUGGAGAAUAUCUCACUGGAAGGCAAAACUAAUUUCUUUGAAAAGCGUGUAGGAGAAUAUCAGAGGAUGGGAGUGAUGUCAAAACCCAUAGACAACUCAUUCACAUUGGAUGCAGAUUUCUAAGCCAAACACAACUGUUUUCAGUUGGCUUGGAAUUCUAGUGAUUUGUCUUGUUAUCCUCACAAUUCUUGUUCUUGUAAUAUGUGGUGGUACUUUUGUAUAGUGUAUGUAGCUAAAAUAGGAACACAGAUUUCCACUACUGCUAUGUGCAUUUCAUAAGUCACAAGUUACUCUGAUUUUCAAAAGUACCAAUGCUUGAACUAUGUUCCGUUAUCUGGUAACAACAAAGCAAGUAGCAUGGGGAUACUCUAGGAAAUGGCAGUUUUUCAUAUCCUCUUAUAUGGGUUGUGGGGGAAAGCUGCAGAACCUGUGUAGCAGACGUUAGUAUUUUAAUAGUUUGUACAUAAAACGUGGCACUUUAAAAGUCUGGCCUGUAAUUCCUGAGAAAGGCUGGUAAUGUAUGAAUUUAAAAUGAACUCUUUUAGCCUGCAUGUAAUCCUAAUUUCAUUAUUAUGCUGUAUUUUACUUAUAUGUAAAUUAAACUGAA